UCAAAGUUAACACCGUCGAGUGUUUUUGUUUUUACUUGGAUUAGUUGGCUACACAUAAAAAAUUUAUAUUUUUCCUUAAAAUAUUAGUUACUGUUGAACGAUAAAUAUUUGCAGUUAUUAUGUCGGGAUCUGGGACAGACACUGGAUCAGUGCCUGAAUGGCUGAUCAAGUUGGAAAGUCGUCGGGAGCAAAUAAAAGCUAAAUUAGGACACGAGAGCGGCAACGGAGCGCCGUGCAUCGUUUGCGGUAAAAAAAGUGAAAAAUGCCCCGGCCUGGAUUUGCAUUUUUGGAGAAAAGUAUGUCGUAACUGUAAAUGCCGUAAGGAACAGCACGAUUGUAAGGACGAUGUGAUUACAGGAUGGGCGCAGUUCGAAAUUCUUGGGGCUAUCCGGUCCAAGCCAGCAUAUAUCAAAAUUUCGGCACUCACUGAUAAACCGGUGCAAUUAGACUGGAUUCCCCCGAAUGUUACUACGGAUUUGGCGUCGGAUUACAUGUUAAGAAUUGGCGAGCAAAACAUACCAAUAGUAGGUAGCAAUGCGGCAAAAAGGCGAAAGCAACAACUCGAGUUUCAAGUACCCCCUCAUGAUCUCGAUGCUUCUUUGUGUCAUAAUCUGUCGGAGAAUGAAAAGAAACAAUUAGUACAGUAUGCGGAGAAAAUUAGGAAAAGCUGCGUAGGACAGGGUACCGUCAUAAGGAUUGGCGACCAGCAUAUACCUACAAGAGCAAGCAUCCAACGACCAAACGCACACUUGGGAUCAGACCAUUUGACAUGUGGAAUAUCACCAUCAUCAGAAAAUCUUCUAAAUCAAAUUUUAUCCUCGGUGCCAAUAAAGAAUGCUUUGCUGGGAAUUUCUAAUGGACCAAAGCAACAAAUAUGCAUUCAAAAAGAGAUGAUGGAACCAGAUUUUAACGUAAGCCCUUUCCUAUCGGACAAGAUGAAGUACAAAUUGAAAUUGAUGAAAUUAAACUCGGAAGCCAUUCGCACAGCAGUAGCAUAUGCAAGCAAAAUUGAUUAUAUUCUAAAUGCCUUGGUUUCGGAAAAAAUACCCUUUGAAAAGAGCUGCAACAUUAUGGGCCCAUUAUAUGAAUUUAGGCAAGCCUAUAAAGGCAAUGCAAGAUUUAAGGAUGAAAUCGACAGGUAUCUUAAAUUAACUGCCGAAACUCAUGAAACUACCUUAUAUCCUGACCAAUUACAAGCUUCGGGACCUUCGAAAAUGGCUAAUCAAUUUUCUUCCAAGUGCCAAGCUGCUAUGACGAAGGAUAAAGUUCUUCACGAUAUUUUGAAUUCGGGUGCUCUACAGGCCAUUUUACAUGCCCCUGUUAAUGGAGGCAGCUUGAUAAUAUCGCGUGAACCUUUAGUCCCGGACUUCAGCAGCAGUCCACUAUUAUCGCCAGCAUCAAAAAGCUUUUUGGAAAAAAUUAAGGUAAAUGCGCAAGUUGUCCAGAGUGCGGUAAUUAAUGGACCAUUAUAUGAUGAACUUUUCACAAAGCUGGACAAUUGUCAUAUAAACUAUUCACAUGACUCAGUUUUGCAACCAAUUCAAGCAUUCCGUGACAAAUUCAUAAGUUUUGAUAAAGACGAUUGUUUUCCUAAAGAGGUGAUAAAAUUCGUUGAAAUGUCUGAUCUUCAAUCUUUUGAUGUGAGUGCAGACCAGGUUCCUGGUGCCGAGCGCAUUAUAAAGAUUACGCAAAACGAAGAUUCAGUUCUUUUGGCCUUGUUAUCAAAUCCUGCUCUGCAAGAUGCACUCAACUAUGGAAAAAAGCCUAAUCAACCUCUGCAGCUUUCAUCAAAUAUUCCAAAUAAAAAAAAAUUGCUGUGCACUUCAAAAUUAUCUCCCGCAACAUUUGAAAAAAUCUACAGUUUGAAAAUUGAUUACCCGGUACUUGAAAGUGCUAUUGUCAGUGGUCCGGUAUAUGACCAACUUAUACAUCGAUUGUCCAGGAAUGGUAUCAAUGUUGUCGAAGAUCCGUUGUUAGAUUCAAUCUUGAAACUCCGCAAUGAAUGUAACAACGAUGAAAAUAUUAGGAAAGAACUUGCUAGAUAUAUUGCUCAUCCUGAGCCAUAUUUAUUUGACCCAGCCACAAUCGAAGAAAUUUCCCCAGAAGAGCCAUUAGUAAACAAUCAAUCAUCAAAAAUGCAUGCUUCACAUAGUGAUGAUUCUGGAUUCGGAUCAGUUCCUCCAACUCCAAUAUUUGCCACGUAUCCGGGGUUCAAUAAAUUAACAGAAAGCCCUCCAGAGUAUAAGCCCUGCGCAGACGAUAUUCUACCCAGUUCUUUAGAAAAUUUUGACUUUUUAGUUCUAAAUGAAUUAGAUACCAAUGUAGGACAAUCUUCGCAUGAUGUUUCACAAUCCCACGAUCUUGUUAACUGUAAAGGAUGUUCGGAAUCUAUUGUGCCCGGAGAAGUCGUCGUCAAAGCCGAAAGAGUUGGAUACAAUGGUGCGUGGCAUCCUCAGUGUUUCAAAUGCCACAAAUGUAACGAACUACUAGCAGAUUUGGUGUACUUCUUCCACGGAGGUGAAGUGUAUUGCGGACGGGAUUUAGCACAUAUUUUGAAAAUUCCUCGCUGUUCUGCAUGUGACGAACUGAUAUUCACUAAAGAAUAUACCGCAGCUGAAGGUGCUACAUUUCAUAUAAAACAUUUUUGCUGCUACCAUUGCGACGCUCCACUGGCCGGUCAACAAUAUGUUCCAGAUGAAAAUACAAGCAUGCCACUGUGCUUGGGUUGCUAUAAUUCAUAUUUUGCAAAAGUUUGUCACCAUUGCCACACAACUAUUGGACCAACCGAGCAAGGUGUCGCUUGGGAAAACAUACACUGGCAUGGAAAGUGUUUUAUUUGUAGUGGAAAAGGAUGUGACAAGUCCCUUAUUGGAGGACGUUUCUGUGUCAAAAAUGGCAUGCCAUUUUGUAGUCCACAGUGUUUUAAAAGCAUGCAGUUCUGAUAUACUUCGGAAGUAUUCCAAUCAAUGAUCCCGACUUGUGCCUAUAUUCAUAACAUUAGUAAUAAAAGGAAGCAUUUAUCACCAACUUGUAGUAAGACUAAAACUAUACAGCGGAAUAUGUUACAUUAUUGCAUAUUAUAUUUCUCCACUAAUUCUAGAAUAAAUAACAUGUAUACUUAAAAUUGCA